AUGGCUGCGGCUACAUGGUCUGUCACGGCCAUUACGAUGGCCGGCGAAAGCUUUGAGAUCCCGGAUCUGUCUGGCGAGGACACCUUGCCGAGCCUGACCUGCAAGGUGGAGGCAGCCCUGGGCUUGGAGGUGGACGCACAGCGGCGGGUCACGCUUCUUCAUGAGCAUUGCCCGCUGGCUGGCACAAAGCGCCUAGCCGAGCUGGGCGUGCAGCCUGGCACGGAGCUCCUCUGUGUGAUGCGCCGUGCCGCCUUUGUGGUUCACGAGGGUAUGAAGGUCCAUGUCAUGGCCGGCACAGCCUCCGUGGUGGGCUCCUACAUCGCUCGUCCAAACAAGAGUGGCACGAUGACCUUCCAUCACACUUCCCGAGAAAAUCAGCGGAUCGCCUGGUAUCCCAAACAGGAGACGACCACCGUCAAAUAUCACUCUUUGGACGACCCAGACCACGUCUACCGCGAAGCAAAGGCGAGCUGGCCGGCAGGCUGGUACUUUGAGGGCCGUCCUGUCCGAUCCGCCCGCGGUAUCUACUUCCAGCCUUCCUACAGCCACCGCUGCCUUCCGCUGGAAGGUUGGCAGGUCUACUUUGCUCCAACUUUUUGCGACCCUGGCAACCCUCCCAUGCCGGAAAUCACGGUGGUGGAAGAUGACUGA